GUUGGAGAUGCUCUACCGGGAUAGAUAACGGAGUCAGGCUAGCCGCGCCGAAGCAGGCCGUCACGCACCGUCCAUCCUCAACCCGAAACGUAGCCGCCGCGCGCGCACGUCGCGGGGUCCGAGGUGCCAGGUUGCGCGCCGCGACAGGCCCCCACGCGGGACCACGCGCCCCCUGCACCUCCCGGGCCACGUGUCGCGGCGUCUCCACGUCGCGCCUCCUGGGUCCCUCCCGCCGCACAGCACACCGCCUGCUCCUCCGUCCACGCGACCGGCCGGGCCUCGCCCACGCCAGCGACCAGGACAGACAGGACACGCGACGACGCUGCCCAAAAGCUCGCGCCUCGCCUCCUUCCUUGCUCAGUCCCUCUCUCUCUUCCUCCAUCCGGUACGAUCCAUCCCCUCCCCCGGUCCACCCUCGACCGAGCUCCGACGACUCGGAUGGACUGCCCUGCUCUGCUCCGGGACGACUCUUCCUGCGCGUGACCGCCGGCCGGUAGUUGCCGGAAGGAGCGGCGGAUCCGAGUGGUGAUGGUGAUGGCCAGCACCGGCGUCAACAUGCCCUGCAGCGACAGGAACGUCGUCCCAGCAGCAGCAGCUUCGUCGACGUCGUCCUUCUCCUCCGCCGCGGGAUGCCGGAUGCGCAGCCGGCGGCGCCGCCUCGCGCCCCCGCCCGUGGCGGCCACGGCCGCGGGGUCCAGCGAGGGCGCCAGCGACGCCGCCGGCCCGAGCCGGGAGAAGCGCGUCCGGCCGGCGGCCUCCCCGGCUUCGUCGUCGUCACCGUCAGAUCGGGACAGCGACGGCGAGGAAGCGGAAGACGAAGCAGACGCCGAGGCGGAGGAGCUGCAGCCGCCGCCGCUCCCGCCUGCCGUGCCGCAGCUUCCCGCGGCCGCGGCGCAGGCGUGGCCGGUGGCGUUCGGGUCCCUGUCGGUGGCGGGGCGGUCGCGCGACAUGGAGGACACCGUGUCGCUCCGCCCGGGCUUCCACACCUGGGUCGACGGCUCGCCCAUGCACUUCUUCGGCGUCUUCGACGGCCAUGGAGGAUUCCAUGUGUCAGAGCUGUGCCGGGACCGGAUGCACGAGUUCCUGGCCGAGGAGCUCGCGGCGGAGGAGGCCGACUUGGCGCAGCGCCUGCGCCGCCGGCAGCAGCAGCCGGAGGCCGCGGCGGGGGAAGGGACGAGCGCCGGCUCCGGCGCCGGCUCCUGGGCGGUGAAGCAGCAGCAGCUGGAGGAGGAGCGCGCGUGGCGAGCAGCGCUGGAGCGGACGUUCCGGCGCGUGGACGCGAUGGCGUCGCUGGCGUGCGCGUGCGGCCGCAUCGUGAGCCCGCCGUGCCGCUGCCCGCUGUCGGGGAACUCGGGCAUCGUCGGCUCCACCGCCGUGGUGGCGCUCCUGGUCCGCGGCCGCCUCGUCGUCGCCAACUGCGGCGACUCCCGCGCGGUGCUCUGCCGCGGCGGCUCCCCGCCCGUCCAGCUCUCCGACGACCACAAGCUGCCGUGUCGUGUGAUGCAGCCAAACCGGCCGGACGAGCUGGCGCGGAUCCAGGCGGCGGGCGGCCGGGUGGUGUUCAACAACGGCCACCGCGUGCGUGGGAUCCUCGCCAUGUCGCGCGCACUAGGAGACAGGAUGCUGCGUCCUGAAGUGAUCGCCGAGCCGGAGAUCACCGUGACGGACCGGACGCCGGAGGACCAGUGCCUGAUCUUGGCGAGCGACGGGAUGUGGGACGCGGUGCCCAACGAGAUCGCCUGCUCCGUGGCGCGGCAAUGCCUGCAGGACGGGAACCCGGGCGGCGGCGCGGCAGCGACGGCAGGUGGCGAGGGGGCGACGGCGGCAGCAGGCCCGGAACCGGAGGCCCGGUGCUCCAACGCCGCCUCACUCCUCGUCAGGCUCGCGUUCGGCAGAGACAGCUGGGAUAACAUUAGCGUCGUCGUCAUCGAUCUGCAGCAGAGGGAGUAAAUUUGCAGCAGAGGGAGUAACUGAGUGAGUUAUCUAGGCUCCCUGACCAAACUCCCUGUGAUUGAGAGGAGGUGCAGUGGUCUAGACUGAACUUGGAAUGAUCUGGUUGGUUCUUCCGAUUCUAGAUUCUAGUUGUCGUUUUCUUUAUAUUGGGAGAGAAAGAAAGUGGAUGGAAUUAAGAUUGCUGUCCGCAAUGAAAAGGGAAAAAAGAAGCAAGAGCAAUUGUACAUAGUAUAUAUUUUGCUAUAUUUUUGCAUGUACGGUACCAGUAUUCUCAUUUAAGCCUGGAGGCUUCACCGCUGGAGAAGAGCAUUCUGAUUAGCUGCACUUCAUGUGGCAUCAUUGGUUUAUUAUGCUCUGCCUUCAACUGCUGCCUGCUGGAUAUUGAUCCGUUCUUAUAUUGUGCAGAGCAGUGUGAGGAUGUUUGGGGAUUUAUUUUCUUGAUUCAGUUCCUUUUUGUACUUAAUACCACAAGUCCAUAACCACAUCUCAA